AUGACGGGUAGCUGUAGCAGCAACGCGAGCAAGAGCGGCGUCGACGAGCGUGAAAUCGGCCGCGAGGAUUUACAGUUAAUGCUGCGGCCGAGGCUGGGCGAGCGCGUCCAAGUGCUCGGCGUCCAGCAGUCGUCGCUUCUGCCGCCCGGCGAGAACUUUGCCUGCUCGAUUUACAAGCUCGACGCGCGCGUCAACGUCAUCGGAGGACAAGAGGAUGACGAGGAAGAGCUGCACCUAGUCGCCAAGCUCUAUCCCUACGACGAGGUGAUCCAGGAUGUCUUCGACUUCAAGUUGUUCUUCAAAAAGGAGAUAUUCUUUUACGACAAGCUCGUGCCCGUUUUGAAGGAGCUUGCGGACCGCGCGAACGAGCCGCCGCUCGAGGUGGCGCCCGAGUUUUUCGGCUUCCGGCUCUCGGUGGAUCCGAAAAUCGAGAGGGUCGACGAGGGGGUGGUCGUGCUCAUGGACAAUCUGCAGAGCAAGGGAUACUACACCGGCAACAAGAUCGAAGGUCUCGACCUGGAGCACACGAGAGCGACGAUCGAAACUUUGGCGAGCUUUCACGCGUACAACGUCGCGUGCAAACAACACCGACCGGAUUUCUUCAACAAUGAGGCACGCGCUCACGCGGUGCCGGUACCCUACAAGGCCAAAGAGGACUUUGACCUUGUUCAGUUGCUACUGGACAUGAUGUUCGCCGACGAGCGCUUAGCCCGCCUACGGGAGUUGAUUUUGAAAUUCCUGGGCGGCUCCGAGGGUCAGCGCGAGGCCAUCGAGUACGUAGCCCAGGAGCCUUGGUUGAGUUUCACUCAUCUCGACUUUUGGACGAACAACGUGCUCUUCAAAAAGGAAGGAGCGAAGGUCGUCGACGUCAAGUUUCUCGAUUUCCAGAACUACGUCUACAACAGCCCGCUCAGGGAUCUACCGUAUUUCUUAUGCACCAGUACGACGCACGAGGUCAUAACCGGACACUUCAACGAGCUCCUCGAUCUUUACUACGAUACUUUCGUGGCGACUCUCAAGAAGCUCCGAUGCGACGCGAGUCUCUUCACGAGGGAGUCUUUCAACAGGCAGAUCAAAAUAGACGCGAGACUGGAGUUUUUCCACAACAUUUUGGCGAUCAAGUUUUUUACCGCCGAGAUAGAUAAGCGCACCUACGAUCCCAGCCAGCUCGAGGAAGUCGUGCUCUGCAGUCAAAUCAAUAAACUCGGUCUUGACAAAUGGUAUCAAAUUGUACUCACCUACAUCGAACAGGGCUGGAUGUGACGCAUUUUUUUGCUUUUAGCUCCUUUGCAAACAGUAUUUCCAUAUUUUAUAUUAAUUUCGACGUAAAACGUGUAAAAAAACAAAUUUGAUGAUUUUUGUAUAAGAAUGUACCUAUGUUUCUACGUAUACAAUGAGUGUAUUUAACGAA